GGCUGGCUCGGCGAGCGGCACCUCGGGCACGUUCGACGUCUGGGAUUCCGUCCGGGUCUCCGGGUCUUUAGUCGCAGGGUUCAAGUAGCCGAGGGCGGGCUGGUGAGUGCGGUGACUAUUGAUUGAGGUGUGUUUUCUCUCUCGCGUGGUUAUCGUACAGUGAUAAUAUAGAAACGUAACAACGGCCAGGGGAAAGUGGGUGUCUGAAAUUCUGAAGUUGCAUUAAUCAAGGUGUAAAAAAGUACAUACAUACAUAACAUAUAUAUUAUAUACACAUACGUACACACGUGUAUUAAAUCGAAGUGCUGGGUAUUGUGCGCGGUGGCUGUGUGUGUUCGUGAAUACAGAUAUAGAAAGAGAUAGAGGAUAAUAGGGGCUACAGAGUAAAGUUUUCGUCUAAGGAAAGUUGUUCUCCGUUUUCUUCUUAGAUUUUUUUUCAUUCAUUUCUCUUUCUCGUUGCUUCUCUGUGUGUCCGUUACCAACAACCGUCCCCUUCCCGUUUCGUCUGAGCCGUAAGAACGCGGUUUUCCUUUGUUUUCUUUUUUUUUUUUCUUUCCGUUUUAACCUUCUCCUCGUCUCAACUCGCUCCUUCAUCCUCUCCGCGGCUCAUUCUAACAUUCCGCCUGAGGAUACAACGACGCAGCAGCGGAGAGAGGAACAAUGGAUAGCAGCAGUUCGGAAACGCCGUCAGACACGGCGGCGAACACCAGCAGUGGAAGUAAAAACGGCUCGAAGAACGGGGGCGGUAAUCGCGAUCCCGAACUCGAACCCGAGGGCGUCCGGACAUCCCCAAUGACCACCAACGCCGCCUCGACGCUGACCUCGCGGAGAGACGGGGGCAGGUCCCCGUUGCUCACGCCUUCCCCGUCGCCGUCGCCUUCUCUCACCUUAUCCUCCUCCGCGCCGGGGUGUGGCUGCACUGUGGUCACCGGGGACGCGGAGGAGAUCACCAUCACCCUUGACCCCACCACCGGCGGUCACUUUGAUCUCACCGUUGACCGUUCGGAGAGUAUCGAAAAUCUCAAGAAAAUUAUAUCCAAAAAAUUGAAGGUCGCCAAGGAACGGAUUUGUUUACUGCAUCGGGAGAGACAACUGAGAGAAGGAACACUACAGGAAAAUCACAUCCAGGAUGGAAGUCGGCUCACGUUAUUACCCAGUGUAGAAACUGGCCUGUUGGCACAGAGACCGGAACAAAGUGUAAUGCAAGCCCUGGAAAGCCUGAACGACUCGCAGGUGAACGAUUUCCUUUCAGGGAAAGCACCGUUGAACCUGACUAUGCGACUGGGGGACCACAUGAUGCUGAUACAGCUGCAGUUGUCGACUGUGACGCCGGCGGCACCAGCUGGUGUACCCGGUGGCUCGACGACGGCAACGACGACGUCUAGCAGCUCUACGACGAUGCACGUGGGCAACACAUCCUCGACCUCGUCCUCGUCCUCGUCCUCGUCGACGACGCAGAGCAGGAGAUCGUACGUUAUACCGGCACCAAGGACGCCGAAGACACCGCCGAAAGUUCAGGGAAAUAACGCAGCGGCGAGAACCUCGUCCCUUAUCAGUAGCCUAGCUUCUAUAUUACAGGCAGCGACGAAUUGCAAUUCAAAUUUAUCGUCGUCGACGACCACGACGACGACAACAACCACGACGAUGGAGUCCUCGGCAACCUCGACCUGCAACACGGCGCCCACCGUAGCAAGCAAGUCCACCACCUUACCCCGUAACUCCACGGCUAGUCCAACGAACCUCGAACACUCACCCAUAACACGAACCCAUUACUGCACGACAGAAUCGCCAGCCUCGCCGACGCCCUCCCCGCCACCCUCGGCCCAGUCCUUACCUUCCUCCGCGUCGACGGUCGGCCACUUUCCGAGAUCAGGGGGCAGUUCACCCUUAUCGACGUCGGGGAGCCGUCAGUCCUGCAUCCUCCACCACCACAACCACAACCACAACCACAGCCACCACCACAGUCACCAUCAUCACAGUCACAAUCACAGCCACAGUCACAGUCAUCAUCACUCUAGGAACAAAUUGUUGUCGUUUGAUCCCCUUCACCCGUCAACCUCAGCGGAUCCCACCUCCUCGACCUCGUCUAUCGUAGAGGCUGCCGGUAGUCAGCAGCAGUCUACGGCGUUAGGCACACCACAGAAAAAGAAAUUAUGCACGAAUCAUCAUCACCAGCAACAACAAGAACAGCAACAACAACACCAGGUACAGCAGACUGAUAUGGAACCGAAUGCGAGAAAGAUCGACAAGGAAUCUGGAACGGAGAACGUUGUGUCGUCUCUGGCUUCUUGUACUUCACCCGAAAGUCCUAACGGGAACAACGCCGUUGACGGAGGGAAGCCAACCGCCACUCUCGACACCAGAGCUCUUGCAGAGGCAUCGCGAAAUCUCACACAGACGCUGAAGCAACUCUCCUCUGAGGUACUCACCUCGCGGGUCCACCUCGCUGAGGAGAAUGCGAGGCGUAGGCAAGGGGCAAUAAUAGAGAGCAUGCAUCACCACGGGAAGGGAGUUUACUCCGGGACGUUCAGCGGCACGCUUAAUCCGGCGCUUCAGGAUCGUCACGGACGGCCGAAACGGGACAUCAGUACCAUUAUUCACAUAUUGAAUGAUCUGCUGUGCGCCACUCCCGCCGCUGCCGCUGGACACUACAGACAUCACAGGCAUUCCCAUGCGACCACCAACAGACAGCAGCAAUCCACGGCAACUAUUUCCAGUACAACAACAACUACAACUACCACCACGACUACCUCCGGUGAACCCGUUAUCACCAAAACUACCUUCAGGACAGAAGAAUUGUCAAGGGAGAAUGAGGCGACCAAGGGAAAGAUGAAGCGACUACGAUUGGUAAUGGAACAGAGAAGAGCGAAGAGAAAAGCGAGAAGACAGGCCAGGGCUGCGCCUUACACAACACAAUGGGCGGCACUGACGCCCAAUCCAGAUAACACUUCCACGUCGGGAUCAACAAAUUCUAAUACAAAUACCGAACCGCAAAGCGAACCCGAAUUGCAGCCUUGCAGUCCUGAGCCAGUAGUAGCUUGAAAUCAUACCUCUUUUACACGAUAUUCGUACUCAAUUGUACCUCUACGUCACGUUGUCCUAGAAAUUAUUUACACUGAUUUCUGUUCGGUUUUAUCGACGCGCAAUAAUGAACGCGAGGUUGAGAAAAGCUUUAAUUAAUACGCUACACUUAUAUUGUAUGCACUGUAGUUAAUUACUUAAUCUUGAGAAAAACAAUUAGAUGACAAUAAUAACGCGCAACAAAAACCGAAAAUUUUGUUGUAAAAAUAUAUAAUUAAUUGCCGGGAUAACGAUAAUGACGUAUGUGAGGUAUGAAGAAAAAAAAAACUAUUAUUAUAUUGUCGGAUGAGUAUUGGAGGAAGAGUAAAUUAUAAUAUUAUAGCUUUCAAGCAGGUCAAUAUGAGAAUUCGUCAACGCGUUAAUCGACGGAUUAGGACCAUCGUGUUAUCCUCUCGCUAUAUGCGUACAUAUUCAUUUGUUAAGUGAGACUUGUAAUUUGUAUCAUAUUUAACGUUAACAUCGUAAAAACGAAUAAUACAGUUAGACUAAUGUACUGGAUGAAACAAAGAGGAGAAGAGAUAGAGAAGGAAAAAAAAAAAAAAAUUUAACGAAUCAUUAUCAUGUCGUUCUUUGACCGUCGCCGAUAUAUUAUCAU